AUGUCUUACUACGAUAUAGACGCGAUCUUGACCGACGCAGAGAAAGUUCCAUGCGAGUUCCAGCUUGAAGUGCCCGAUUUGGGCUAUCUCGACAACAGCCCCUCCCACGCCCUCAAGUCUGGCACCAAGCUGUCCCUCCCACUAUGGCUCGCCGAGAUGCUUGCCCUUGCUAACACCUCGGGCGACGACGAGGAGGCCAAAUCUUUUGUCAACCUCAACCUGCCCCCUGCCCUCUCCAACGAGGUUGUCCAGGCCCUAAGGGCUGAUCCCCGCGCCGUCCCCCUCCGCGACCAGAGCGCGCACUUCUAUGGCUUUGCGACACGCAUGCUCGACCUAUUUGAGGAGAGAGAUCUCGCCAAGGAGCUGAGAAAGACGUUUGUGACGCGGGCUUCUGAUGUUGCGCUGCAUGCGCGCAAGGCUGGCGGGGCAGGAGCAAAAGAAGACGGUAGCAACCUAGGCGUUAGUGGAGGCGAGGAGUUCCUCAGGGGCUUGGAUGAGUGGGAGAGAAGACUGUUCAGGAAGGCCCACGAUGGGUCAAAGUCGGGCAAGGAAUGGAUGGACAGCGUCAAGAAACAUUGA